AAAGGAAUAUCAUUUUGAUAUCAUUUUACCAACUGGCAUAGUUCCAGCAAUGGCAGAUGCGGAGUUGCAAACCUUUACAUCCAUAAUGGACGCUCUCGUGCGCAUCAGCUCCAAUAUGAAGAGCAUUGAGAGAGAGCUGCGCUGUCCAGUGUGUGAGGAGAUGGUGAAGCAGCCGAUAGUGUUGCCUUGUAUGCACAGUGUGUGUGUGCUGUGUGCCGCAGAAGUCUUGGUUCAGAGAGGAUACCCUCCACCCGAACUCCCCCCAGAGCCCAACACUCCCACCUCAAGCCCCAUCACACGCUCUCCCCGACAAACACGCCGGCCUCCGCCCAAAACAGACCGUCUAGACCGGGUGAUCAGAACAGUGUGUGGGACACAUCCAGGACGCAGGCGUAAAGACACCCCUCCUGUGAUCAUGCUGUUCCCCUGUCCCACUUGCGGAAAAGAUGUGGAGCUAGGAGAGAGAGGGCUUACUGACUGUUUGAGAAACCUCACGCUGGAGCGUAUAGUGGAGAGGUACAGGCACACGGUGAGUCUCGGCAGCAUGGCAAUCAUGUGCCAGUUCUGCAAACCUCCUCAGGCUCUGGAGGCCACCAAAGGCUGCGCUGAUUGCAGGUCCAACUUCUGUAACGAGUGCUUCAAGCUGUACCACCCUUGGGGCACACCACGAGCCCAACACGAACACAUCAUGCCCACACACAGCUUCAGACCCAAGGUAUUAGUAUGUGUGGAGCAUGAGCAGGAGAGGUUGCAAUUUUACUGCAGGUCAUGUCAGAAUUUGUUAUGCCCGCUUUGUAAACUCCGUCGAGCCCACAGUGGACACAAGAUCAUGCCUAUUGCGCUGGCUUACCAAACACUAAAGGAGAAGAUCACCAAGGAGAUGAACUAUGUCUUCGCCAAUCAGGAUUCUGUACAGGCCCAGAUCACCCAAGUAGAGAGUGGCAUCGCUCAGACUGAGGUGAACAGCGCAGUGGCCAAGGAGCAGUCCAAUCAGUGCGUGAGUGAAUUGCACAGUGUGCUGGUGGAGCGUCAGGGGGUCUUAGCCAUGCUGCUGGAGGGAGCUCGUGCACAGCGGGCAGGGGCUCUGAAUGCACAGCUCUCUGAAAAACAGAGUCUUUUGGAGAACGCAGGGCUGCUCACAUACACUCAAGAGCUGCUUAAGGAAACUGACCAGUCAUGCUUUGUGCAGGCUGCCAGAGUCACGCACAACAGACUGGUUAAAGCAAUAGAAAAUCUACACCAUUUCUCUCUAUCUGCUGAUCCCUCGUUCCGACACUUUCAGAUGGACGUCUCCAGAGAACUCAAGGCGCUUAGCAGCAUGGACUUUAUACAAGCCCCAUUGGCUCCUGUGAUUGACACUCAAAAGACCUUGGCGUAUGACCAGCUCUAUUUGUGCUGGCGCCUCCCACAAGACUCUGCCCCUGCCUGGCACUACUCAGUGGAGUAUCUGAGAAAAGUGGGCGGUGCUGGAGCAUUAUGGGGCAGAGUCUUGUCUGAAGGAAGCUCAGGAAGUAAUGGCACACACUGUUCAUGGCAGCGUCUGGAUGAUGUGGGCGGGACCAGUGCAGUGAUUGAUAAGCUAGAGAUGGACAGUGUGUAUAUCCUGAGAGUUCGAGGCUGUAAUAAGGCAGGGUUUGGAGAGUACAGUGAGGAGGUGUAUCUACACACACCUCCUGCACCAGUGUUGUCCUUCUGCCUGGAUUCACGCUGGGGUCUACAUGCUGAGCGGGUGGCGCUGGGGAAAGGGCAGACAUAUGCCCGGAGUGUUCCUGGGAUGACCCUGUUGCAGGCUGCUGAUCGGGCUCUUACCUCAUGUGACCUCACCUCUGACCUCCUGGUGGCUGAUGUUUCCAUCACACAGGGACGACACUACUGGGCAUGCACAGUGGAGCCUGGGUCCUACCUGGUUAAGGUGGGAGUGGGUGUUGAAGCAAAACUGCAGGAGUGGUUCCAUCUUCCACAAGACAUGGCAAGUCCACGGUACGAUCCAGAUAGCGGUCAUGACAGUGUCGCAGAGGAUGCUCAGGACUGUCCUCCAUUCUGUUUCCUUACAAUGGGCAUGGGCAAGAUCUUACUGCCCAAGUGUAGGGCGUCUAACACUUCUGCUGGCCCCCUCACUGCCCCUUUACCACCUCGCCUCGGACUGUGUCUGGACUUUGAGAAAGGACGGCUGACUUUUUACGAUGCACACUCCUUGCGAGUGCUGUGGGAGGGGACUGUAGAUUGCUCCGCCCCUGUUUGCCCAGCGUUCUGUUUUAUUGGUGGAGGGGCACUACAGCUGCAAGAGCUAAUAGCCAAUCGCAGUACAGAGCAGAACCCACCUAGAAGAGUGACCAUCCAAACACGUGCCACCGACGCAGAUCACUAAACCGUCUGAUCGCUUUGAACCUAGUCAAAUCAGCACCUUUAAGCAAAUCUUCUUUUAUCAUUUUCUAUAGACUUUGUUUACCUGCUUCUUUCGUAGCUAAUUGAUUGAUUGUAUUUUAUAUUAAGAUUUGUUUAAUUUCAGAUAGACCUUAAAAAGCGGUCAUGGAUGCUAACAACAUGUAGCAUGCUAACAACAUCACUAUUAAAUAAUGAGCAAAAGUGUGUUUUUAUGGCCACAAAAUCAAAGAUUCCAAUUGUGUAUGAUUCAGGUUCACUCAUAACACACUCAUUUUGUAAAAUCAAAUGUUUCCUCGCUAUUUUCAAACUUAAUUUCCGGCAUUGUAGGCAUGUAUACUGCUCACUAUGGGUGUGCUAAUAGUAAACACCUUGAUUUAUUCAUUAACAUUAUAUUGUGCUCUUUACAGGAAUGUUGCAAUUGCCUUGAAAUGUGAUUGCAUUGCUAUUCAAAUCCACUGGAGACAGUUUAUGACUGUUGUUGGUCAGACAUUUUGUAUUGGCAUCAGUACACAUCCUGUGCAUUGAGACCUCGUCUGUUUGGUUUGUUUAGGCCAAAACAGGGCUGACGGAAGCCUUUAGCAAGCAAAACUAAAAGAACAACCGUGUAAUGAAAAGAACCUGCUUUUGUGAGAUCUCUAAAGGUGCCGACUUUGAAUGCCCUUAAUAAUAAUCUCCAAAACAAAACUGCUGAUACACCUCAUACUACUUUUAGCCUUUUUUCAUAAUCAUGACUGAUAUGGUCAUGUGUUAUUUUUAUUUUUUUUAAUUUUUUUGUGGAUUGGGUACGGUGAGAACAAAUUAAUGGGUGAAGUUUAAAGGGGGG